UAAAAGCAAUUCACGCAUGUUGCAAAGUAAUUAAUUACGUAAAAAUAAAAUGAGUGGCCGUGUAGGAGAUCUUAGUCCUAACCAGGCUGCUGCCCUGGAACAGUUUGGUGAAAAAAUUGAAGAUGUAUAUGGCCAUCUUCCUGAUCAAAGUGACCAUUACCUGCUUCGCUGGCUCAGAGCCAGGAGCUUUAAUAUCCUGAAGGCUGAAGCAAUGCUUAGAAAGCAUGUGGAAUUUCGCAAGCGUUUGAAAGUAGAUUCAAUCCUAGAAGACUGGAAGCCACCAGAGGUAAUCGAGCACUAUGUGUCUGGCGGGAUGUGCGGCUAUGAUCGAGAGGGAAGUCCAGUCUGGUAUGAUAUUAUUGGUCCCCUUGAUCCAAAAGGCCUCCUUAUGUCUGCUACCAAGCAAGACUACUUCAUGACCAAAGUUAGAGACUGUGAACUUCUACGGAGAGAGUGUUUAAGGCAGUCUGAGAGGCUGGGAAAAAGAGUGGAGUCCAUCACUCUUAUCUAUGAUUGUGAAGACCUUGGCCUUAAACACAUCUGGAAGCCUGCAGUUGAAACUUAUGGCGAAAUUCUGACCAUGUUUGAAGAAAACUAUCCUGAGGGCCUUAAGAGGGUUCUUAUUAUUAAAGCACCUAAAAUCUUCCCUAUUGCCUACAACUUGAUCAAACCAUUCCUGUGUGAAGAGACUCGGCGAAAGAUAAUCAUCGUUGGCUCCAACUGGAAAGAAGUACUUCAGAAAUAUAUAGAACCAGAUCAACUGCCCGUGGUCUAUGGAGGCACAUUGACGGAUCCAAAUGGGAACCCUUACUGUAAAACUAUGAUUAAAUAUGGUGGUGUAGUGCCCAGGUCAUACUACAUAAAAGAUUCUGUUAAUGUGCAGUAUGAGAAGUGCAUCACCGUUAGCCGUGGUUCUGAUCACCAGCUUGAGUGUGAAGUUCUUGUCCCUAACUGCUUGUUAAGAUGGCAGUUUGUUAGUGAUGGUAGUGAUAUUGGUUUUGGCAUCUACAUGAAGACUAAAAUAGAUGUGAAACAGAAAAUCACAGAAAUGAGGGAGAUGUUGCCAACUACACGUUAUAAUGCACAUCUAGUGCCAGAGGAUGGAUCCUACGCAUGUGAAGAACCAGGCAUCUAUGUGGUGCGAUUUGAUAACACUUACAGUAUUCUUCAGUCUAAGAAGAUAAGAUUCACAGUGGAUGUUGUUCAACCUGAAAUACACACAAAAAGCAUGGAGGAACAGGCAUGACUUGAGAGUACUUCACCUAGCCAAUAUGAGACAUGGUUAUUUUGUUUAUGUUUAAAAUUUAUUGUGUUACAUAUACACAAUAGGCUUUGUGUUUACUGUAAACCUGAUCCAGAUAAAAGGGUUAUAUCACAUUAAGCAUGGAAAAUAUUCCGACAGGAUUUUCUGGUUUCAUUUUUAAACAUGGGAAAACUUUGCUUAUUUUUAACAGGUGUGUGUAAACUUUUAAAAUCUACAUUUUCUGAAUUGUAUGCCCCUUUGUAGACACAUAAUGGGUCAUAAUUCAAUUACUGUCAAAUUUGAAGUCCAUUAGUAUUAGGGUAAGAUGUUCAUAUUUAGAGGUGUUUUAACUAAAUUUUUAGAUUAUCCAAUUCACAUUUGAAUAUGCCUCCAAAGCUGCCCGACAUCUCUCGAGCAGAGCUGUUUGAAUUAGUGUGAUAAGUGGGUGGGGAAGAAUACAUGUUUCCUCACAUUUGUCAAACGUAUUUCCAUAUUUUUUUUUUUCAUUUUGUAAAGCUGCUUUGUGACAAUGACCCAUUGUUAAAACAGCUGGAUAAAAAAAAAUAAUUAAUUGAAUAAAGGGCAACCAGGGGACAUGCAACAUUUUUCAGUAUUAAAUCCUCACUACCUGUGCUCAAAUCAACUAUGAAUAUGACACCUUAUGUAGGGCCUUAAUUGUUCAUGGGGAACAGGGGGACAUGCCCCCUUAAUGUGCAAAAAAAUGAUUUUUUUUUUUU